UAUCGACUGGUCGUCGACCUCGAUGGAUCAAUUAUCAUACACACGAGAGUGUUCAUAGUGAUCCUACACCAAAUCAAAAGGAAACCAAACUGAAAUCAAAAUGUCGGAAGCUCCUAUCGCUCUAUUGUCCGUUUACGACAAGACUGGUCUCCUUCCCUUUGCCAAGGGAUUGAAAGAACUCGGUUUUCGACUUUUGGGAUCCGGUGGUACCGCCAAGCAGAUUCGAGAAGCUGGCAUGGAGAUCGAGGAUGUUUCUUCGAUCACCAAGGCCCCCGAAAUGCUUGGAGGACGAGUCAAGACUCUUCACCCGGCAGUUCACGGAGGUAUUCUUUCGCGAGAAAUUGAAUCUGACCUUGCCGAUUUGGCCACCAACCAGAUUUCUCCGAUCACCCUGGUAGUCUGCAACCUCUACCCUUUCGUCUUGCAAACUCAAAAGCCCGACUGCACUCUGGCUGGCGCCAUCGAGGAGAUUGACAUCGGUGGUGUCACCCUACUGAGGGCUGCCGCCAAGAACCACGCCCGCGUUUCCAUCAUCUCGUCUCCUUCCGACUACAAUGUCAUCCUUCAGGAAUGGAAGGAGAGCGGCAAGGUCUCGGACGAGACGAAGCGAGGUUUGGCAAUCAAGGCUUUCGAGAGCACCAAGGCGUACGACGAGGCCAUCGCCGACUAUUUCAGGAAGAUGUACUCGAGCACCGACUCGGCUGCCGACUCCAAGGCUGGAGCUGGUGUCGCUUAUCAGCGUGUUCCUCUUCGAUACGGUGCCAAUCCUCAUCAGAAGCCUGCCCAGGCCUUUGUUGAGCAGGGUGAAAUGCCCAUCAAGAUUCUAUCUGGAUCCCCCGGUUACAUCAACCUCCUCGAUGCUCUCAACUCUUGGGCUCUGGUCAAGGAGCUCGCUGCCGCUUUCGAACCCGCUCUCCCCGCUGCUGCUUCCUUCAAGCAUGUCUCCCCUGCUGGAGCCGCUGUUGCUAUUCCCUUGGAUGACCGAGAAAAGAAGGUGUUCGGCGUGGAUGAUUUGAAGGAGCUAUCUCCCUUGGCCAGCGCUUACGCUCGAGCUCGAGGUGCCGACCGAAUGUCGUCUUUCGGAGACUUCAUCGCCUUGUCCCACACCGUCGACACUCCUACCGCCAAGAUCAUCUCGCGAGAAGUCUCUGACGGUGUCAUUGCUCCCGGCUAUGAACCUGAGGCCUUGGAGAUUCUCCAGAAGAAGAAGGGCGGCAAGUACUGUGUCUUGCAGAUGGACGCCGACUACGUUCCGCCCGAAAUUGAGACCCGGCAGGUCUACGGUAUCUCGCUCCAACAAAAGAGGAACGACUGCAAGAUCGACGAGACCUUGUUCAAGAACGUUGUCACCACCAACAAGGAGCUCACCAAGCAGGCCAUUACCGACUUGACUGUGGCCACCUUGGCCCUCAAGUACACCCAGUCCAACUCGGUCUGUUACGCUCUGAACGGAGCUGUCAUCGGUCUCGGAGCCGGUCAGCAGUCCCGAAUCCACUGCACCCGAUUGGCCGGUGAGAAGGCCGACAACUGGUGGCUGCGACACCACCCGCGUGUCCUCUCGCUUCCCUUCAAGAAGGGAACCAAGCGUGCCGACAAGGCCAACGCUAUCGACCUCUUUGUCACUGGCAACGUCUUCGAGGCCGACCCCAGCGAGAGGUCGCAGUGGGAGAGCUUGUUCGACGAGGUCCCUGCUCCGCUCACCAAGGAGGAAAAGGAGGCUCACAUGAAGGAGUUGACCGGUGUCGCAUGUUCGUCGGACGCCUUCUUCCCCUUCCCCGACAACGUCCACCGAGUCCGCAAGAGUGGUGUCCAGUUCUUGGCCGCUCCCGGCGGUUCCAUCAUGGACGCCGAGUGCAUCAAGACCGCCGACAACUAUGGCAUCGUCUUUGCCCACACCGACCUCCGUUUGUUCCACCACUAGAAUGAUAUAUCAAGACUUCAAGGAGAUUUGUACAGCUUUAUGUUUCGUUAGAUAGGCAUUAGGGUAAUCGAGGCUUCAACUGUGCUCGUUCGUUUCAACAUGAUGGGGAAUAUGCAAAUUGUGAUUCCGUCCGCGAGAGGCAUCAAGCCGGUUUGUCUAUUGGCCUGAUA